GUGGCCUCCCUCAGUAUCACUAUGAACACAGUUACAGUUUCUCCUGCCACUUUGACUGAAUGGAGUCUAAUUUAAAUCAGGAUGGGGUGCCUAGACCAUCUUACGUUUUUAGUGCUGACCCAAUUGCAAGGCCUUUGGAAAUAAAUUUUGAUGGCGUUAAGCUUGAUCUCUCUCGUGAGUUUUCUUUAGUUGCUUCAAACACUGAGGCAAACAAUUUGGAAUCCAAAGAUUAUCUCCAGGUUUGUCUUCGAAUAAGACCCUUCACACAAUCAGAAAAGGAACAUGAUCCUGAGGGCUGUGUGUGUAUUCUGGACUCACAAACUGUGCUGUUGAAAGAUCCUCAAAGCAUUCUUGGUCGAAUAAGUGAGAAAAACUCUGGGCAGAUGGCACAGAAAUUCAGUUUUUCUAAGGUUUUUGGCCCAGAAACUACACAGAGGGAAUUCUUCCAAGGUUGCGUUAGACAGCCUAUAAAAGACCUCUUAAAAGGACAGAGUCGGCUGAUUUUUACAUAUGGGCUGACCAACUCAGGAAAGACAUAUACAUUUCAAGGCACAGAAGAAAAUAUUGGCGUUCUGCCUCGAACUUUGAACAUAAUAUUUGAUAGUUUUCGGGAUAGACUAUAUACGAAGAUGAACCUUAAACCACAUAGAUCCAGAGAAUACUUACGGUUAUCACCAGACCAAGAGAAAGAAGAAGUUGCUAACAAAAGUGCUUUGCUUCGGCAAAUUAAAGAGGUGGUUAUGUAUAAUGACAGUUACGAUACUCUUUGUGGAAGUUCAUCAAGCUCCUUAAAUAUUUCAGAAUUUGAAGAAUCCCUGAAAGAUUGUGAACAAGCUAGCUCAAACAUGGACAAUAAUACGAAAUUUUCUGUAUGGGUUUCUUUUUUUGAGAUUUACAAUGAAUGUAUUUAUGACUUAUUUGUUCCUGUAUCAUCUAAGUUCCAAAAGAGAAAGAUGCUGCGCCUUUCUCAAGAUAUAAAGGGCUAUUCUUUUAUAAAAGACCUACAGUGGAUUCAAGUGUCUGAUUCCAAAGAAGCAUAUCGACUUUUAAAACUAGGAAUAAAGCACCAAAGUGUUGCCUUCACAAAAUUGAACAAUGCUUCCAGUAGAAGUCACAGCAUAUUCAGUAUUAGAAUAUUACAGAUUGAAGAUUCUGAAAUGCCUCGUGUGAUGCGAGUCAGUGAAUUGUCUUUAUGUGAUCUGGCUGGUUCAGAACGAAGUGUGAAGACACAGAAUGAAGGUGAAAGGUUAAGAGAGACUGGGAAUAUCAACACUUCUUUAUUGACUCUGGGAAAGUGUAUUAAUGUUUUGAAGAACAGUGAAAAGUCAAGGUUUCAACAGCAUGUGCCUUUCCGAGAAAGUAAACUGACCCACUAUUUUCAAAGUUUUUUUAACGGUAAAGGAAAAAUAUGUAUGAUUGUCAACAUCAGUCAGUGUUGUUUUGCCUAUGAUGAAACACUCAAUGUGUUGAAGUUCUCAGCCAUUGCACAAAAAGUUUGUGUUCCAGAAACUUUAAAUACCUCGCAAGAGAAAUCAUUUGAACCUACCAAAUCAUCUCAAGAUGUAUCACUGGAUAAUAAUUCAGAUAAUAAAAUAUUAAAUAUAAAAAGAUCCACAAUUUCAUGGGAAAGUAGUCUAGAAGAUCUGGUAGAAGAUGAAGAUUUGGUCGACGAUCUAGAAAACACUGAAGAAAACCAAAAUGUGCAAACUGAACUUAAUGAUGAAGAUCUGGAUAAAACAUUAGAGGAUGAUAAGUCUUUCAUAAGCCACGAGGGAAAGAAAAAACUGCUGGACUUAAUAGAAGACUUGAAAAAAAGGUUAAUAAAUGAAAGAAAAGAAAAAUUAACAUUAGAAUUUAAAAUUCGUGAAGAAGUUACAGAGGAGUUUACUCGAUUUUUGGCUCAACGGGAAGCUGACUUCAAGGAAACUCUCCUUCAGGAACGAGAGCUAUUAGAAGAAAAUGCUGAAUGUCGUUUGGCUAUUUUCAAGGAGUUGGUUGGUAAUUUUGACAUUCAAGAAGAACCAUCCAAUGAAGAUCAGGCCAUGAAAGUUGAAACCAAAGAGAAACAUAAUUAUAUAGGAAUUGAAGAUAUUAUUGAGUCUCUUCAAGAUGAUGUCACUGAUAUUAAGAAACAGGCUGAAAUUGCUCACUCAUAUAUUGCAUCUCUUGCUGACCCCCAGGAAGCUAUUGCUUAUUUAGAACUAAAGUAUAAUCAUGUUAAAACUGAAUUAACUCAAACCAAAGAGGAAUUAAUCAAAGCCCAGGAAGAGUUAAAAAAGAGAAAAAAUGAUUCAGAAAUUAACUUAAAUUCAUUGACUGAAGAGCUUGAGAAAUCUAAUAAGGAUGAGGCUGGUAUAUCUUCUUUAAUAAUAAACAGUAAAUUGGAAUGUAAUGAAACACUUGAAAUGCCUAAGGACAAUAAAACUGAAAAUUGUUCAGGAAGAAAAAGAUUAAGUGAAAAUGAUCUUCGACAUGAUGAACCACCUCCAAAGAAAGGACCUAUACAUGUUAGUCCAACUAUAACAGAAGAGCAAAGGAGUGAAGAAAUACAACAGAGUAUUUCAGAAGAUAGGGAAGAUAUUAGAGUUUUACAAGAAGAUAAUGAAGAGCUGAAAACACGUUUACUCGUUGUUGAGAAUGAACUUAAAAAUGAAAAGGGAGAAAAAGCAGAAUUAAACAGACAAAUCAUUCGAUUGCAGCAGGAACUUUCUUUUUCUGAAAAAAAGAAUCUUACUUUUAGUUUAGAGGUCCAGCACAUUCAGUCAAAUUAUGACAAUGCAGUUUCUGAAUUACAUAUACAGAAGGGUAUAAAUCAAGAACAGGAGGAAAAGAUCAUGAAAUUGUCAGAGGAGAUAGAAGGCGCUAAAAGAAACAUUACAAAUAAUGUUUCACAAAUAAAAUUAAUGCAAGCAAAAAUAGAUGAACUACGUAAGCUGGAUUCAGUUUCUCAAAUUUCAAACAUAGAUUUGCUCCAUCUUAGAGAACGGUCAAGUGGUUCUCAAGAGAGUAAUUCCCCCAAAGCACACUUAUACCUUGUAGAUAACGAUUAUUUGGCAAAUAAGCAGAUUAAAGACGAUCAUAUUCAAGAACUCGGUAGGGAAAGUUCUUUCCACUCUAGUAUUGAAGCCAUUUGGGAGGAGUGCAAAGAAAUUGUAAAGACCUCCUCCAAAAAAACUCAGCAGAUCCAAGAACUAGAACAACAAAUUGAAAUAUUACAAUCCGAAUUAAAAGACUCUAAGGAUGAAAACAAUAGACUAAAAACAGAGGAGAGGAAGAAUAAAAAUCAAGAUGACCUACUAAAAGAAAAAGAAAAUCAUAUAAAACAGCUGAAGGAAGAAUUGCAAGAAAAAAUCGUUAGUCUUGAAGUUCAAGCACAGCUUGUAGUUGAAGGAAAGAGAGAACUUUCAGAACUUUCACAAGAUGUCACUUGCUACAAGGUGAAAAUAAAAGAACUUGAAGCAAUCUUAGAAACUCAGAAAGAUGAAUGUAGUUUCUUACCCAAGUUAGAAAAAGAAAUUUUGGAAAAGGAGUCAAUAAUUGUAAAGCUAGAAAGAAAUCUGAAGGAAUUACAAGCAGAUCUUCAAGAUUCUAUCAAAAACACCAAAGAUUUAAGUGAAAGGAAAGUCCAAAUGAGAGAAGAAAUCACACAAUUGACAGCUAAUUUGCAAGAUGCAAAGCAUUUGCUUCAAUUAAAGGAAGAAGAAAAAGAAACCAACUGGCGGGAAACAGAAAAAUUAAAGGAGGAACUCGCAGCAAGCUCUGCUCUGACCCAGAAUCUAAAAGCAGAUCUUCAGAGCAAGGAAGAAGAAUAUGCUGAACUGAAAGAGAAGUUGGCUGAUGCCAAAAAGCAAAUUGAGCAAGUACAGAGAGAGGUAUCUGUCAUGCGUGAUGAAGAGAAAUUACUGAGGAUUAAAAUCAAUGAACUGGAAAAAAAGAAAAAUCAGUGUUCUCAGGAAAUUGAUAUGAAACAGCGAACCAUUCAGCAACUCAAGGAACAGUUAAAUAACCAGAAAAUGGAAGAAAUCAUACAACAGUAUGAGAGAGCAUGUAAAGAUCUAAAUGUUAAAGAGAAGAUAAUUGAAGACAUGCGAAUGACACUGGAAGAACAAGAACAAACCCAGGUAGAACAAGAACAAGUGCUGGAGGCUAAAUUACAGGAAGUCGAAAGACUGGCCACUGAAUUGGAAAAAUGGAAGGAAAAAUGCAAAGAUCUGGAAACCAGAAGUAAUCAAAGGUCAAAUAAAGAACUUGAAGACAACGAAGAUGUCCUUACUAAAAAGCUCAGUAAGCUUCAAGAUGAGUUACAGGAAUCUGAACAGAUAUAUAAAACUGAUAGAAAGAAAUGGAUAGAAGAAAAAAUGGUGCUUAUCGCUCAAGCACAAGAAGCUGAGAAUCUACGAAACAAAGAGAUGAAAAAAUAUGUGGAAGACAGAGAGCGUUGUUUGAAACAGCAAAAUGAAAUGGAACUACUAACAGCACAGCUGAAAGAAAAAGACAGUAACCUUCAAAAGUGGCGAGAAGAACGGGAUCAACUGGUUGCAGCAUUAGAGAUACAGUUGAAAACACUGAUCUCCAGUAACAUACAGAAAGACAAUGAAAUUGAGCAAUUAAAGAAGAUUACAUUGGAGGAUUCCAAAAUAGAUGGGUCUGUAGUCCUUGACUCUUGUGAAGUGUCAACAGAAAAUAAUCAGACUUCUCGAUUUCCAAAGCCUGAAUUAGAGAUUCAGUUUACACCUUUAAGGCCAAACAAAAUGGCAGUGAAACACUUUGGUUGUGACUCACCAGUGACGGUUAAGAUUUCCAAGGCCCGGAAGAGAAAGAGUAGUGAAAUGGAGGAGGAGGAUUUGGUGAAAUGUGAAAAUAAGAAGAAUGCUACACCUAGAACUAAUUUGAAAUCCCCUAUUCCUGAGCAUGGAAAUUCUUCUGUCAAAAAGGAACAAAAGGUUUUCACACGUCCGUCUUCUAAGAAAACGUAUUCUUUACGGAGUCAGGCAUCCACGAUUAGUAUAAAUAUGGCAGCUAAGAAAAAAGAAGGAACACUACAGAAAUUUGGAGACUUCUUACAACAUUCUCCAACAAUUCUUCAAUCAAAAGCAAAGAAAAUCAUUGAAACAAUGAGUUCUUCAAAGCCCUCAAAUGUAGAACUAAGUAAAGAAAAUGUGUCUCGGCCAAAACGGACCAAACGGAAAUUAUACACAAAUGAAAUUUCUUCUCCUAUUGAUAUAUCUGGCCAAGUGAUUGUGAUUGACCAGAAAGUAAAAGAAAGUGAUCAUCAGAUUCUCAAACGAAAGCUUCGAACUAAAACAGCCAAAUAAAUUACUUAUGGACAGUAUUUUAAUAUACAUUAUAUAUUCGUAAUCACUGUAACUUGCGUCUUGACCUUUUAAAAGAUAAUUGUGUAUAUAUAUAUGAUGUCUUAAAUCCCUCUGUAUACACGUUACUAUUUUAUACGUAGUAUAAUUUUAAUUCAAUAAAGAAAAUAAGCCAAAAUAAACUUG